CCAGUUUCGAGCGCAGCUGGCGAGUUUUGGUUCCGGUUCAUGAGGGAGUACAGAGGUGCAUAUAGCGGAUUGAGCUGCGGUAGGGUCCGCUCCCGAGGGAUGCUGAACGGAGAUGGAGGUCCACGCUGGCUUGUGGACAUGGAGCUGGCUGCCCUGCCUCCUUCUGUUGUCCCAAGUCCACGUGGCAACAUCGGGGGACUGCAAGGGGCAUCGGACAGUGCUGCGUAGUAUGCCGGGAUUUGUGAGCGACGGCCCAGGAAACUAUUCGGUGAACGGCAACUGUGAAUGGUUGAUUGAAGCACCCAACAGCCAUUACCGCGUGUUGCUCCGCUUUCUGUUCAUGGAUACAGAGUGCACAUACGACUACCUUUUUGUGUAUGAUGGAGACUCCUACAGUGAUCCCCUGCUAGCCAGCUUGAGCGGGAACACCCUGCCCCCCACCCUGGAGGCCAUGUCUGGGAAGAUGCUUCUUCAUCUCUUCAGCGAUGCAAAUUACAACUUGCUGGGUUUUAAUGCCACAUACAGCUUCUCCUUGUGCCCGCAAGGUUGCUCCGGACAUGGAACAUGCCAGGAAAACGGCCAGUGUUUGUGUGACUCAGGAUGGGGAGGAGAAGGUUGUCAGGUGCCCGACUGCAGCACGUACUGUCAUUACCAUCAUGGGAUUUGUAACCAGGAGACUCAACGCUGCGUCUGUUUUCCCGGUUACAUGGGGGAGCAAUGUGACCUAUCCCUUACUGAUAACCAGGGAUCCGGAACCUGGUACAAUGUGAGCAGUCAGGAUCCAGACUUUAGCCCUCGCACCGCUGCUGCUGGUGCCUUUCUGCCCCCAACCAAUGCUCUUUACAUAUUUGGAGGUUUGGAUCUGAAUUCUGCUCUUCAAGAUAUGGCCAUUUAUAACUUCACAUCGAACACAUGGGAGAGAAAAACAUACUCUCCUAGCCCGUCUGCUCGACAUUCCCAUGUGGUGGUGGAGUGGAAUGGAACACUGAUUCUAUUUGGUGGGGAGUUACCUGGAGGAAAGCUGACCGAUGACACCUGGGUGUUUCUGCCUUUGGAAGAGCGCUGGAUGAAUCUGACCGGCUACAGCCUAAUAAAGCCCCCUCCUCUGGCUAACCACGCUGCGGCAACUGUGGAUAACUGGUUGUACGUGUUUGGAGGCCGCACAACACAAGAUGUCUUUUCUCCGGAGAUGUACCGUUUCAAUCUCCAUUCCUGGGAAUGGGAGCAGGUCCAUCCAUCUGGAGGAAAGCCACCAGCUGCAGCUGGUCAUUCCAUGGUGUUCCAUUCUGCUUCCCGAACGUUGGUGGUUUAUGGUGGUCACCGGCCAUCCAAUGCAAGGUUCAGCAUACGUGUAAAUACCACAGAUCUGUUUCAUGUGGAUUUAAAUUAUUGGACCACGCUGAAGCCACGCGAUGGUAACCGCGGCGGGCCCCGUGAGAGAGCAUUCCACAGCGCCACUGUUAUCGGGAACUAUAUGGUGAUUUAUGGUGGAAAUCUGCACAUUCACCACCAAGAGGAGAAGUGUUACGAUGAGGAAAUCUUCUUUUACCAUCUUGGCUGUCACCAGUGGGUGCUAAGUGACAUUCUGAGACCACCACCGCAUCAGAGUAAGAUGAAGGCAAAUGUUGUGAGUGGACGGUACUCCCACGUAGCGGCUCUCAUGAAAGGCGGAGUCCUUCUGGUGGCUGGAGGAUACAGUGGUACUCCCCGUGGAGAUCUGCUUGCCUACAAAGUGCCUGUGCCGGGGUCUGUGUAUCAGCCGCCAGUGCAGGAUUACCACCUAGACUAUUGCUCCAUGUACACGGACGAGACCAUUUGUUCCAAGGAUCCAGAAUGUACCUGGUGUGAGACAAGUUGCCAGACCCCUCAGCCAAACAAAAUUUGCCCAGACAAGAGCUGCCUAGGACUGGCGAGACUCCUCUCUGAUUGUCAGUCCUGUCUGGCUUUCAGCUCCAACCUGUCAACCUUCUCCCAUGUCCCACGCUCCUUUGGCUGGUGUGUCCAGAAUGAAUCCUGCAUGCCGAUUUCAGAACGUUCGAACUGUCGUGUAGGGCAGAUUUCAGGUACAUAUGGUUGGUGGGGCACCGUAAACACCUUUAUCACUUCUCUUGAUGGAUGCCGGACCAGCAACUUUCUGCCUGGGCUUCACCUAAUCACCUAUCAGCAACCACGCAAUGAGUCUCAGCCUGAUCGGGUGUCAAUUGUGCGUAGCACAACCAUCACGUUAAGUCCCAGCACAGAGAUGGACGUCUCUCUGGUGUAUAAAGGGUUCUUAUACCCCAUGCUGAGCCAAGGCUCCUCCCCUGACCGCGUCUCCAUCUGGGCUCGCAUUCAGCGCUUCUAUGUUGUGGCUCGUCUUGGGCGGUACCCUGGCAGUACACAGAUGCUGGAGGAGGUUGGCCGAUGGUCAGUGCACCAGGAUAAGGAGAAGCGAGCUCUGCAGAGAAACAGUGGAGAGCGGCUGUUUCCUAAUGCAGAUUGGGGAAGCCGCUAUGCUAUGCAGAUAGAGGGUUAUCUGAAUAAUACAGGAAAUGGACACACAAGUGAGCUGAGCCUGACAUGGGACCGUACAGGCGUCCAGAGUGGAAGUGAGAUUUCUUUCCUGUUCCUGGAACCCCAUCGCUCAGAUGACUGUUCCUACCUUUCCUGCUUGGCCUGCUUGGCAGAUCAAAGCUGCGGUUGGUGCUCUAGGACCCGCACGUGUCACUACAGAUUAGGUGUGGAUUGGGCAAAAUUCUGUCAAGACACACCCCUGAUCCUGACCCCUAGCCACUGUCAAUUGUGCGAGGAGUACCGCGACUGUGAGGCCUGCAGCAAUGACCAGUACUGUGAGUGGCAGAUACACAGCAGCAAGAAAGCAGACUCUCUGUGCAGCCGCAGAGGAAGAGUGAAUGGUUCUAUACGAUCACCCCAGGAAUGUCCCCGUGCGUGCAAUCGGCGCAGGACAUACACUGAAUGUCUCUCUAAUUCCAGUCACUGUGCAUGGUGCCAGUCUACUGAAAGCUGCUUUUAUUUUGCCGCUUACCUGGCAAAGUAUCCUUAUGGCGACUGCAGGGACUGGUACGACAGUGUCCACUCUGUGCCCCAGGUUAUGGAUUGCUCCAGGUUUAACACCUGCCGGGAGUGUCUGCAAAACUUUGAAUGCGGCUGGUGCGGGAACACUGACAACCCAACCUUAGGGCGGUGCUUCUCUGGUGACUACUCUGGCGUCCGGGGUUUCUCUUCGUGUUCCAGGGCUCUGACACUGGCUGGACUCCCAGAAGAGCCGGCUCAGUGGUCAUAUGCUUCCUGCCCAGAUGUCGAUGAGUGCCGGCUGGGGAUGGCCACCUGUCACAAACAUGCCACCUGCAGAAACACGCCCGACUCCUAUGAGUGUCACUGUGACCGCGGAUAUACGGGAGAUGGCGUCACCCACUGCAAUCAAACGUGUUACAAUGAGUGCUCCCAUGGCUCUUGCAGUGGGCCUCCAUUUUACGCCUGUCUCUGUGAUCUCGGAUGGACUUCGAACCGCACAACGGUGACAGAGAGUGGAGUGGAAUGUAGCGUGGACUGCGGGUGUAACUUCCACAGUACCUGCGCUCAUGGACCAGGCAUCUGCGAUGUCUGCCAGGAUUGGACACAAGGGGUAUAUUGCCAGGAGUGCCAGCCUGGCAGCUUUGGAAGCGCCACACAGAAGCCGGGGUGCCAGGAAUGUGCCUGCCACAAACACGGGACCCCUGAAUUGGGUUAUUGUGACCGAGAGACGGGUGUUUGUUACUGUACAGACAACACUCAGGGAGAACACUGCGAGAAGUGUGCACCUGGGUAUUAUGGAGACCCCAGGAAUGGUGGGAUUUGUUACCUUGAAUGCCAGGGCCGCCAGCUGCUCACCAACGUGUCUUCCUCCGCUCUUGGCUCGCCUGGCGGCUCAUACUGUCUGUGGGUACUGAAUGUAUCUUCUCAGGUGGAACCCUGUCACCCAGAUGACAGCUGCCCAAGGCUUAGCUUCAGUCUCCAGCCAGACUUCAAUAUCCCCUGCACGCAUAGCUAUGUCUAUGUGUUUGAUGGGAAUCCGGCUUUCCUGGAUACAGGGCUCCUGCAAUCGGAUCGCAGCUUGCUGGGAGCUUUCUGUGGACGAGGACGAGGUGAAGCACCACUGACUGUGGAGGCAAAUACAGGGAUCCUUGUGGUGUAUUAUGAAGCAAAUAACACAGAGCCCUCUGGCUUUAAUGCCACCUACACUGUGCAUGAGUGUUAUCCGCCUUGUGAACCCAAUAAAGUGUGCCGGGGACAGAGCUGCGUCUGCAAAAGCCCCCUGUCCGGUCCUUACUGCCUGCGUAAUGUCUGUCCCCGAAACUGCUCCGCUGAAGUUGGCAGAGGAGUCUGUAACCAGACUCUUGGCGUAUGUUUCUGUUCUCCUGGUUAUGCUGGAGAUGACUGUUCAGUCUAUCUAGACUCUGGAAAGAUUGUUUGGGAAAGUCUCAUGGAUCCUCAACUCACAGCAGAUUCAGCAAGCCGUUUUCUGCACCGCCUUGGACAUACUAUGCUGGAAGGGCCAGAUAAUACUCUCUGGAUGUUUGGGGGCUUGUCUUUACGGGAUGGAGUGCUGGGCAGUGUUUAUAGGUACUCUGUCUCUGAACGUCGCUGGACGCAGAUGUUGGCUGGAACCGAGGGUGGAGGCCCAGGACCAAGUCCCCGAUAUUUCCAUGCAGCUGCAUAUAACUCCAUUCGAAAUGCCAUGUAUGUUCUGGGAGGGCUUACAAGUUAUGGGGCCUACAGUGACUUUUGGGUGUUGAACCUCACAACUUUGCAAUGGCGGAGAGAAUCAGAUCCUCUCUUGCCAUCAGUGGCUGGUCACACGCUCACUUCACGUCGUGGAUCAUCCUUAAUAUUGAUUGGUGGAUAUUCCCCUGAGAAUGGUUUCAAUAAUCGUGUGUUGGAGUACAACAUUGAAUUAGAGAUCUGGAAAGUGGGACGCCAUACAGGCACGCCACCUACUGGUCUCUAUGGUCAUUCCACUGUGUAUCAUGAAGCUACCGAUGCCUUCUAUGUGUUUGGCGGACAUCGGUUUCAUGUGGAGGCUGUGACGCCCUCUCCUGAGCUUUACAGUUUAUAUUAUCCUAACCUGACUUGGAGCUUGCUCGCCCCUUCACAGGGAAGAAAGCCUCUUUCACACUUCUUCCAUGUUGCUGCCGUAUUAAAGGACACCAUGGUCGUAGUGGGCGGACGAACAGAACAGCAGGAGUACAGCAAUGAGAUUCUGUUCUAUCAGAUCCAUUGCAAUUCCUGGAUAAGACCGAACAGGACUGACGUAGUCCUGGGUGUGCCUGUGAACGAGUCAAUAGGUCACGCAGUUGCUGUGGUUGGAAGCCGGCUUUACCUCUCAGGCGGGUUCAAUGGUGUUGCUCUAGGACGCAUGGUGACUCUAUCUGUGCCCUCGGACCCCUGCAUGUUGUUCAGCACUCCAUCUUCUUGCAAUCAGAGUGCAGCAAGUUGCGUCUGGUGCCAGCACAGCUGCACGUCUGCUGACAUUGCUGAAAGACGUGGCUGUCCCCAAGCACUCUCCUCGUGCUUUCCUUUGCCAAGAUCGGCAGAUGAUUGCAGAAGAUUGAAGACCUGCAGUGAGUGCCUGGCACAGCACCCUCGCUCCAUGACCCCACGCUGCAAAUGGUGCACAAACUGCCCAGAGGGAGCCUGCAUCGGCAGUGAUGGAAGCUGCACCUCGGAAAACGACUGUCGCAUUAAUCAACGAGAGAUAUUCCUGGCCAGUAACUGCUCUGAGAUCUCCUGUGAGGCUUCUGAUUGCUCAAAGUGCAUUGCUUCAGGGAAGUGCAUGUGGACCCGUCAGUUUAAACGCACGGGGGAGACCCGGCGGAUCCUCAGUGUCCAGCCCACAUACGAUUGGACGUGUUUCAGCCACUCUUUGCUCAAUGUCUCUCCAAUGCCUGUGGAGUCUUCACCGCCUCUUCACUGUCCCACCCCUUGCUACAAUCACAGCACAUGCAAUGAGUGCCUUAGCUCUAAGGGAGCAGAUGGCGGCUGGCAGCAAUGUGUGUGGAGCGUCGCGCUGAAACAGUGUAUGAGCCCCACAUUCCUGCCCAUGCGUUGUGCCGCUGGAGCCUGCGGCAGAGUCCUGAGUGGUGCAGAGAGCUGCUCUCCAUCCUGCUCCCAGCACACCCACUGUGCUGCCUGCAUCCAGCAUCCCCGCUGUGGCUGGUGUGCCCGUAAAGAAGGAAAUGGGGAGGGAAGAUGCAUGGAAGGAGGACCCAGUGGACCCACACAAGGUAUGGGGGAACUGUGCAGUUCUAGGGAGUCCGACUGGGCCUUCAUGUCCUGCCCACCUGAAAAUGAAUGCCUGAAUCAGCAUCACGACUGCAACGAGACUCAAAACUGCAGCGACCUCCUUUAUGGAUUCAAGUGCACAUGCAAGAAAGGCUACACCCUGCACACCAUUACAGGCCUGUGCCACCCUGUCUGCGAACACGGUUGCGUGAACGGAACCUGCGUGGAGCCGAACAGCUGCCGCUGUGACUUUGGCUACGUGGGAGAGAAUUGCUCGGUGGCCUGUCGUUGUAAUAAGCACAGUGACUGUGAGGGGCUCGGAAAGGAAGAUGUGUGCAAGGAGUGCCACAAUAACACCAUGGGAGAACACUGUGAAAAGUGUAAACCCCUCUUUGUGGGAUCGGCAAUUAAUGGAGGAACUUGCCGGCCGUGCCUUGAUUUCUGCCGGGGCAAUAGCGAGGUGUGUAUUACUAUGGAGGAACACGAGAAAGCCCUGAGGGAACCAGAGAAGUAUUCCUUGGAUCCGGAGAAGAUACCCACUUGGGUGACUCGGGGCCCUACGGAGGACACAGCUAUCUGUGUGCACUGUCAGAAUAACAGUCUCGGAGACAAGUGUGAGGGCUGUCUGCCUGGCUACUUCCUGCUGGACAAACGCUGCACCAAGUGUCAGUGUAACGGACAUGCUGAUACUUGCAAUGAGCUUGAUGGCACAAAUUGUCCUUGUAGUAAUAACACGGAGACACAGAAUUGUCAGAACAGUCCCCAGACUGAGAAGAAGGAGUGCUACAAAUACCAGUGUGCAAAAUGCAAAGACUCUUUCCAUGGUAAUCCAGUGAAUGGCCGUCAAUGUUACAGACUCAUGACAGUAGAACAAGAAUACUGCUUCGACCCAACAUCUCAGAAUAACUGCUUUCAUGAGCCUAAUAUCCAAAACUUGCCAUAUGGCCGUAGUGUCUUUUUCGGAGUCCAGCCUAAGUUCACCAACGUGGACAUUAGAGUCACUGUCGACGUGACUUUUGGCUGUGUGGAUGUAUUCGUGUCUACGUCUGCAGAGAGCUUUGCCAUUGAUGUUGACCCGUUAACAGGCGUUCACUCUAUCAGAGUAUACAGGUUAGCAGACAAUGAUGUUCCUGGGGGUCCAGAGCCACUAACCGUCGCUUCAGUCAAUAGUAGCCUAUUGCAUGUUGUCGGCAGGUUGAGUUGGCUUCGUGAGGAACGUCCGAAAGGGCUGAUUACAUACAUUACAGUUCGCAAUCAGCAGACAGUAUUAAUAGUUCGGGGUGUCAAAGACCGCGUGGUCAUCACUUACCCUCAUGAGCUCCAUACGUUGAAAAACAGCCGAUUUUAUCUUCUGCUUCUGGGCAAUUCAACCAUGGGCUCUGGAGAGUCACAAGGCCUGCUUUUCUUCCGUCAAGACCAAGCACACAUAGACCUCUUUGUCUUCUUCUCUGUGUUCUUCAGCUGUUUUUUCCUAUUUUUGUCUGCCUGUGUCCUGCUCUGGAAGAUAAAACAGUGGCUAGAUGUAAGGAGGGAGCAAAGACGCCACCUGCAAGAGAUGAGCAAAAUGGCAAGCAGGCCGUUUGCCAAAUUGACUGUCUACUUCCACCCAGAUGUGGAGAUGGUUGGAUGUCAUCCUGGAGGACAAGUCCUACCAUCACUUCAACACCACCACCAUCAUCAUCAUCAUCACCACCAUCACCACUCCAAACCAAGAGUGAAGUCCUACGACCCAUCAACCCCCCAACCUGCCUCAUUACGUCACUCUGAUCCAUUCUUAUCUCAGCUGUUGGGGUAUACCUACUGCAACUUCAGAGUCGGACCUAUCACAUUAGAACCCACGGAUGACGGUAUGGCUGGUGUUGUCACUUUACUGUUGCAGCUGCCUGGAGGAGCCCAAGCACCUAACCGAGCGUGCUUGGGAUCGGCCCUUGUAACUUUACGCCACAACCUGCAGGAAUACUGCGGUCCCAGCCAUGUGGUCAGCAGUUCUCGAAAGGGACUUCUCAGCCAUGAAAAUCUCACAAGCAUGUCCCUUUAAACUUGGAACUCCGGUGGUAAAGUCACCGACCACAGACUAUCGGAGGCUAUAAAUGAUUAAACAGUGUCAUAAGACAUAUUCUGAUUAGCAGGCAACAGCUCUUCAGUGUUACCACGGUGUGGGGAAAGAACAAUAAAGACUGCAAAAGACUAAUUAAGGGUGUAAUACCCUAAACACUGAGUAAGAUGAACAAACCGCAUUAUGGACUUUUUUAUGUAAGGGGGAGGUUAUUUAUGAUGGUUUAGUGGAAUCAGAAUUUUUUUUUUUUCAAUGGGGUUUAAGUGAAACCCAACAAAACACUGCUUUAAAGGUCAGCAUCUCAUAAAUCCGUAGCUGCUGUCUGUCUACAACCUCUUGUGAUCAAGACAUUUUCUGGAGAAACCUCCAACCAGGGCAGAUGGAGAAGAGUCUGUGGUUCCUUGGCUAAUGUGAGACGUUGCAUUCCGUUUUGUACCGCCAACUGGACACUACAAAUUCAACCAGUAAGCC